AUGCUGGGCGGAACUCCACGCUGCGAGCGCUGCGGCGGCGCGGUCUACCACGCUGAACAGGUCAUGGGCCCUGGCCGUCGCAUCUACCACAAGCUAUGUCUCAAAUGCGAGAGCUGCGGCAAGAGGCUCGACCAAGGCUCGCUCGUCCAACACGACAACCUACCAUACUGCAAUCGCUGUCACACCCAGCUCUUUGGAACGCGCGACCUGCGUCACUCGAACCUGUAUUCCGCGGCAUCGCCCGGGACGUCUCCAGCGCGCCCGCGCCCGUCGGGAGAACAGGAGACGGCGCCCCCUCCACGCCUGACGCCCCGUCCUGUCCAGGCGCCGCAGGAGUACUACACUCCGCCGGCAGGUAUGGAGGAGGACGUGUUUGGGCCGACCAGCUCAAAGCCCGACGAGGAACCCGAAGUCAUGCGCGUCAACUUCCGCGCCGAGCGGCCCAUGCCCUCGGGCGUGUCACCCGCCAUAGCGUCUGGCCUGGCGACGCGCGAUUCGCCUCGCUCCAAGGCAGGCGUGAACCCUGGUUUCGAGGACAGAUGCAAGGGGUGCGAGAAGCGGGUGUACGCCGCCGAGCAGGUGUUUGCAAUCGGGCAGAAAUGGCACCGUGGAUGCUUGCGGUGCAACUCGUGCCGCACGACUAUCGACCCAGCACGCGUGAGCGACCGCGACGGCGUGCCGUUCUGCAAGAACUGCUACGCUCGCGAAUUCGGGCCAGGCGGCAUUGCGGGGAAACGAUAA